AUGGCAGAAAAGGUAUCGGCGUGGUGCCCCCGUCUCCGUCUCCUUCACGGUGCAGAUGAAGAAGACGAUAAUACCCCGCGCAUCCGUCCAAGAACAAAACGCGCUGAUACCCUUCCUUCGUCUAGCAUACCCGCCCUCAAAUUACCCGAAGACCCUAAAACGUGGUCAGCGACACACCUAGCCGCGUACCUCUCCGCUACUCUUCGCGGUGGGGAGGUUCCGACGCGUGAGAUCGUUGCGUUUGUUAAGGAGAGACAGGUGACGGGGAAGAUGUUUUUGAGGUUGAAUGAGGGUGAUUUGGGGGGGUCCGAACCACCCAAACCCCACCACACCACCCUCCUCUCCGCCUCCCGCUCCCUCCGUCAGAACGCCCUCCGAGACCGGAUAUGGGGGCACUCUUCACAGCACGACGACUUUUCCUCCAACUCCGCCAAUGUUAACAAAGGAAGGAGGAGCAGAAACACAAGCAUAGAUUCGACCUCCAACAGCAAUGGGAGGGUGAAAGACAUGAUAGCCUCCCUAGAACGAUCUCCAAGCUCAGACGACGACGAAGACGGAGGAAGAAGUUCAAGUUCACCGAACAAGAACCAACGCCAUUCCGCCUCUUAUUCCCCUUCUAAAGAACCCGCGUCUUAUUCUUAUUCGUAUUCGCCCAAUAAGACUCAACGCGCACUUCCUUCACGGGGGACAGUACAUGAUCUAUUCUCCGUUCCUAGUCCUGGUGUUAGCGCCAAUACGAGGGAAGACACACGAACGGAAGGAGGAGAAGAAACCAUCAAAUCCCCCGCUCGGCUCCUGCCUUACCCGCCCUUGCUUACGCCCGUCCAUACAGGCUCUACUCCGAGUUUAAUGGACGCAGCGGGGUUGUAUGAGCUUGGAUAUCGGCUCCCUCUACCUCUACCUCUAUCGUCCCUCCCAACAGGCAUAGGCGGUCCAGGCCAACAUGCGCGUCCGCUUCCUCUUCCACCGCAUACAGGACAACAACACCCACCUGCUGGUGGUGUGACGACGACGGUGACGGGUUCUGGGAGCGUGAUACAUCAUCCUAGGCCACGACCUGGUAUUGGUGUUGAGGGGUUGGUUGGGUAUUUUGACGUUCUGACUGGUGAUGGUGUUUUGAGAGAUACAUCCGUUCCUGAGCCAGAAACGGAAACGGAAACGGAAGGAGGGUACGACACCGCCCCUUCUCCAUCCCCAUCCCCAUUAUCCGACGGUGGUGUGGACGAAGACGACGAACCGAGCAUGAGGGACCUCCUCCUCCUCUCCCCCGCACACCCAAUAACAGUAAAGGGAGCGGAAGCGUGGGAGUUGGAGUUGGGCGAGACUGUUAAGCGUGCUGGGUCUGCUGCUGGUGUUACAAGUGGGGUUGUUAGGACGGGCAGGGGGAGGAACUUGAUUCGUGCGAAGGUUGAGGGGGGUCAAUCUAUUGAGGAAAAGGAGAAUGAUGGAGACGAAGGGGCAGGGAAGGAGAGCGCGAACGAAGAAGAGAAACCGAACGCGAAUGAGGGGGAUAAGGAAAGGGAAGAUGGGGGAGAUCUAGAGGAGAGGAAACCAGAUUUAUGGAGUGUUUUCGAUCUUGAGCCGCCUCGUGGUGGGCGAGGAGCAUCCGCGUUAGUGGGGUCUGGAGAUGCUUCAACUCUGGACCUGGGCGCGCACUCUGCCGUGGACUCACACUCUGCCGUGGACUCGCACUCCCUAGAGCCUCAAGAUGUCGAUGAUUUUUCAGCUCUGGAUCCGGGCGCGCACUCGACCUUGGACUUGGACUUGGACUUGGACUCCCACACAACAGAACACGACCUCGCAACCCGCCAAGAAGCCCUCGACCAACGUGAGCUCGGGCUGGCGGCUCGACAGGCGAGGAUUGAGGGGGUGGAGGAGAGGGUUGGGGAGGUGCAGAGGGGUGUUGGGUUUCGUGAGGAGGUGGUUGGGCGACGUGAGGAUGCUGUUGGGAAGAGGGAGAGGGAGGUGGAGGGGAGGGAGGAGGCUGUUGGGCGGAGGGAGAUGGCGGUUGAUAGGAGGGAGAAGGAAGUGGAGGAGAGGGAGAGGGUGGUUGAUGAGCGAGAACGAGCACUUGAUGAGCGAGAACGGGCAAUUGAUGAGCGAGGACGGGCGCUUGAUCAGACAGCAUGCGAGCUUGAAGAACGUUCCAAACGGGUUGAAGAGCUCGAGGAAACGCGUGAUGCUCGACUUGCGUCCACUUCGGCACUUGGUUCGAAGAAUUCAUGGCCCAUCACUCUUCUUCGGUCUGUGGUCUUUCGUGUAUUAGGCGACAAAACGUCUUCCUUCCUCUUUUCCUCCUCCAACUCAAGCUCUUCUUCCUCCUCCUCCAACUCGUAUUCUCCCACCACCACCCCUACUCAAAGAAGACCCAGACACGACUGGGAAGCCCGACGCGAUCUAUACCUAUCAACAGGUGGACGAGGGAGUUACCUCGUACUCGUGGGUAUUGGCGUGUGUGCUGUUGUGUUGAAGGUGCUUGUGAGGAGGUUGACUGGGGUUGGGAUUUGGAGUUGGUUGAGGAGGAGGGGGAGGAGGUAG